AUGAUACGUGUUGUGACAGUGGCUAGUGAAUCGUACAACGGCACUUUUUCCAAAGGUGUGUCUCCAACAUUUUUAACCGAAUCGCCCAACCAGUCGCCCAACCAGUCGCCCAACCAGUCGCCCAACCAGUCGCAAAACCAGUCGCCCAACCAGUCGCCCAACCAGUCGCCCAACCAGUCGCCCAACCAGUCGCCCAACCAGUCGCCCAACCAGUCGCCCAACCAGUCGCCCAACCAGUCGCCCAACCAGUCGCCCAGCCAGUCGCCCAGCCAGUCGCCCAGCCAGUCGCCCAGCCAGUCGCCCAGCCAGUCGCCCGGCCAGUCGCCCGGCCAGUCGCCCGGCCAGUCGCCCGGCCAGUCGCCCGGCCAGUCGCCCGGCCAGUCGCCCGGCCAGUCCGCCCGGCCAGUCCGCCCGGCCAGUCCGCCCGGCCAGUCCGCCCGGCCAGUCCGCCCGGCCAGUCCGCCCGGCCAGUCCGCCCGGCCAGUCCGCCCGGCCAGUCCGCCCGGCCAGUCCGCCCGGCCAGUCCGCCCGGCCAGUCCGCCCGGCCAGUCCGCCCGGCCAGUCCGCCCGGCCAGUCCGCCCGGCCAGUCCGCCCGGCCAGUCCGCCCGGCCAGUCCGCCCGGCCAGUCCGCCCGGCCAGUCGCCCGGCCAGUCGCCCGGCCAGUCGCCCAGCCAGUCGCCAACCAGUCGCCCAGCCAGUCGCCCAGCCAGUCGCCCAGCCAGUCGCCCAGCCAGUCGCCCAGCCAGUCGCCCAGCCAGUCGCCCAGCCAGUCGCCCAGCCAGUCGCCCAGCCAGUCGCCCAGCCAGUCGCCCAGCCAGUCGCCCAGCCAGUCGCCCAGCCAGUCGCCCAGCCAGUCGCCCAGCCAGUCGCCCAGCCAGUCGCCCAGCCAGUCGCCCAACCAGUCGCCCGGCCAGUCGCCCGGCCAGUCGCCCGGCCAGUCGCCCGGCCAGUCCGCCCGGCCAGUCCUCCCGGCCAGUCCGCCCGGCCAGUCCGCCCGGCCAGUCCGCCCGGCCAGUCCGCCCGGCCAGUCCGCCCGGCCAGUCCGCCCGGCCAGUCCGCCCGGCCAGUCCGCCCGGCCAGUCCGCCCGGCCAGUCCGCCCGGCCAGUCCGCCCGGCCAGUCCGCCCGGCCAGUCCGCCCGGCCAGUCCGCCCGGCCAGUCCGCCCGGCCAGUCCGCCCGGCCAGUCCGCCCGGCCAGAGUGUAUAAAAGUUGGUGAAGAAUGUGAUAUGCAUGACUGCUUCUUGAGUUAA